ACAUGUGGCCGGGCUCGCCCCUGCAGUCCCCGGCGGCCUCGGGAAAGGCGCCACCAGCGGAAGUACAGGCGCUACUCGCGGUCUUAUUCGCGGAGCCGGUCGCGGUCCCGCAGCCGCCGGUACCGGUACCGGGAGAGGCACUACGGCUCCUCCAGGAGGUACCGGUCUCCCUCGCCAGACCGAUCGCGCAGCCGGUCCCGCUCUCGGGGACGGUCGUAUUACCGAAGGGCCGACGCGGUCACGCGGGGGCGACGCUACUACGGCUUUGGCCGCACGGUGUACCCGGAGGAGCACGGGAGUUGGCGGGGAAGAUCCAGGUCGAGGUCCAGGUCCAGGUCGCGGUCCCGGUCCCCCACGCCUUUCCGCCUAAGUGAGAAAGAUCGAAUGGAGCUGUUAGAAAUAGCAAAAGCCAAUGCAGCAAAAGCCUUAGGAACAACCAACUUUGAAUUGCCUCCUAGUCUCAGAAUUGUUCCUGUAUCUAAAGAAACAAACCAUGGAACAGCUGUAUCAAAUAAUGGUGCAAAGUUUGAGCUAUCCGGAAAGCUAACAGAAGAUGGAACUAAAAAUGCCAAUGAAAAGUCUUCCCAGCAAAAAAGCAUUAGCUCUAAUAAAUCCGCUGAAGAGACCUCUUCAGGAUCCCUAAAAAUAAAUCAGAAAAAAAGUCCAUAUGAAUUGUGGAAACCUAUUUAAAAAGAGAACUGAUGGCUAAGGUUGCUUGAAAUGCACUUUACUGCAAGUUUGUGUUUUCUAUGGCAUUAUUUCAUUCCUAUGAGCAACUUAGUGGUAAUUGUUAACAUCUUAGAUUUAUUUUGUAGAUAGUAGCACAGAUGGACCAGAGUUAUGUACAGGUGGGAGUCUUGUAUAUAUACUUGUAAAUGUUUUGUAUAAUAUCAAUUGGUUACAUAGAAAUGGAAUUUAUAAGAAACAGUAAUUAAACUAUCGUGUAUAUAUAUUUGUAAAUAAAUUUCUUUUUACUAUU